CUCGCAGCUCCGGGCAGCGGCGGGCGCGGGCCAGGCGGACUGAUCGACGGGCCGACCAAGGGAUCGAAGCACGCGCGGACGCGGACGCGGACGCGGACGUGGCUGGGCGCUUCAUUCCAGAGCCCGACAUGAAUGGCUAUGCAGACUUUCCUCCCAGCCCCAGCAGCCCCACCAAGGAGCCUGAAGAGCCCCAGCCUAAUCGGGCUGCGCUCCAGGAAGAUGUGGACAUGAGCAGCGGCUCAAGUGGAAAUGAAACCAGUGGAAACCGCUCCACAGGGCAGGGCUCACAGAGCAGCGACUGCGAGGACAGCGGGAAGGAGCUGGGGAUGCUGGUGGAGCCACUCAACACCCAUCAGAGUCCUGAUACCUUCACACUGAUGAUGGCAGAGCCUGAACACAACCCAUCUACGAGUGGUUGCAGCAGUGAGCAAUCUGCCAAAGCAGAUGCACACAAAGAACUGAUAAGAACGCUGAGGGAGCUGAAGGUCCACCUCCCUGCAGACAAGAAGGCCAAGGGCAAGGCCAGCACACUGGCCACCUUGAAGUAUGCACUAAGGAGUGUAAAGCAGGUAAAAGCUAAUGAAGAAUAUUACCAGCUGCUGAUGUCCAGUGAGCUCCAGCCCUGUGGUGUGGACGUGCCCUCCUACACUGUGGAGCAGGUCGAGGGCAUUACCUCCGAGUACAUCAUGAAGAACGCAGAUGUGUUUGCUGUGGCUGUGUCCCUGGUUAAUGGGAAAAUCCUGUACAUCUCUAACCAAGUUGCCUCCAUAUUUCACUGUAAGAGAGAUGCCUUCAGUGAUGCCAAGUUUGUGGAGUUUCUGGCCCCUCAUGACGUCAGUACAUUCCACAGCUCCACCACUCCUUACAAGCUUCCAUCCUGGGGCAUGUGCGGUGGAGUAGAUUCUUUUACUCAGGAGUGCAUGGAGGAGAAAUCUUUCUUUUGCCGAGUCAGCGUCGGGAAGCACCAUGAGAACGAGGUUCGCUACCAGCCAUUCCGCAUGACACCCUACCUGGUCAAGGUGCAGGAGAGGCAGGGAGCUGAGAGCCAGCUCUGCUGCCUGCUGCUGGCAGAGAGGGUGCACUCAGGCUAUGAAGCCCCUAGAAUUCCUCCUGAGAAGAGAAUUUUUACAACUACACAUACACCGAAUUGCUUGUUCCAGGGUGUGGAUGAAAGGGCAGUCCCCCUCCUGGGCUAUCUACCUCAGGACCUGAUCGAGACACCUGUCCUCGUGCAGCUCCACCCCAGCGACAGGCCCUUGAUGCUUGCCAUCCACAAAAAGAUCCUGCAGUCCGGAGGGCAGCCUUUCGACUAUUCUCCCAUUCGGUUCCGUGCCCGGAAUGGGGAGUACAUCACACUGGACACCAGCUGGUCCAGCUUCAUCAACCCAUGGAGCAGGAAAAUCUCCUUCAUCAUCGGGAGGCACAAAGUCAGGGUGGGCCCCUUGAAUGAGGACGUGUUUGCAGCGCCUCCAUGCCCAGAGGAGACCCCACACCCCAGCAUUCAGGAGCUCACAGAGCAGAUUCACCGGCUGCUGCUACAGCCUGUCCCCCACAGUGGCUCCAGUGGCUAUGGGAGCCUGGGCAGCAAUGGGUCCCAUGAACACCUCAUGAGUCAGACCUCCUCCAGCGACAGCAACGGCCAUGAGGAGUCUCGCCAGAGAUCAGAAAUUUCUAAAAGUGGUAGCAGGACCAAAACCAAAAGUCAUUUUUCUCAUGAAUCUGGAGAACAAAAGAAAACAUCUGUUCCAGAAAUGCAGAGUAGCUUCCUGGCUCAGGUGAAAGCUGUUCCCGCCACAGAGAAGAGCUCAGGGUUGAGCUUACCCAAAACCAGCUUCCCCGAGGAGUUGGCUUACAAGAGUCAGCCCUCCUGCUCCUACCAGCAGAUCAGCUGCCUGGACAGCGUCAUCAGAUACCUGGAGAGCUGCAGUGAGGCCGCCACACUGAAAAGGAAGUGUGAGUUCCCAGCAAAUAUCCCAUCAAGAAAGGCCACGGUUAGCCCUGGGCUGCAUCUGCAGGUAUCCUCGGCAACGCUGCCCUCCAAAGUAAACAGCCACUCAGAAGUCAGCGCUCACUUGGGCUCGCUGGCACUGCCCGGCAAAGCUGAGAGCGUGGCGUCCCUCAGCAGCCAGUGCAGCUACAGCAGUACCAUCGUUCACGUGGGGGACAAAAAGCCACAACCCGAGCUAGAGGCAGUAGAAGAUGCAGCCAGUGGACCUGAAUCCCUGGAUGGCAUGCCGGGUGGCCCGAGUCAGGAGAAAGGACCCCUGCAGAAGCUGGGCCUCACCAAGGAGGUGCUGGCUGCUCACACACAGAGGGAGGAGCAGGGCUUCCUGCAGAGGUUCAGGGAGGUGAGAAGGCUUGGCGCUCUCCAGGCCCACUGCCAGUACUACCUGCAAGAGAGAGCCAGGGCCCAGUCAAGUGAACGAACUGCCCCUGGAUUAAGAAAUACUUCUGGAAUAGAUUCAUCUUGGAAAAAAACUGGAAAGAACAGAAAACUGAAGUCCAAGCGGGCCAAGCCUCGGGAUUCCUCUGAGAGCACAGGGUCGGGUGGACCCAUUCCCCAUCGGCCCCCACUUGUGGGUCUGAAUACCACAGCCUGGUCACCUUCGGACACGUCCCAGUCCAGCUGCUCUGCUAUGCCCUUCCCCACCCCAGUGCCAGCUUACUCACUGCCCAUGUUCCCAGCACCGGGAAUAGUGCCAGCAUCAGGGACCAUGGCCACCCCACCUGCGGCUCCCCAUACCACCUUUGCGGUGCCUGUCAUGCCUGUGAAUGCCCAGAACCAGUUUGCAGUCCAGCCCCUGCCAUUCACUGUGGCCCCUGUCAUGGCCUUCAUGCUACCCAGCUACUCUUUCCCACCGGCAACCCCAAACCUACCCCAGGCCUUGUUCCCCAGCCAGCAUCAGAUUCCAGGCUACCCCAUGCUCGCCUCUGAGAUGAUCCCUGCCUCACAGCCGGAGUUCUCCAGUCAGACCUCACUCCUCAGGCAACCAUGCACUUGUUCAGCCACCCCGCCACCUUCAGCCAUGGUGGUGGCCACAGGCAGGGCCUCCCCACCACUCUUCCAGUCCCGUGGCAGCUCACCCCUGCAGCUCAACCUGCUGCAGCUGGAGGAGACGCCUGAGGGCAGUGCUGGGGCCACUGGGGCCUCCGGGACCACAGGGACAGCGGUGCUGGACUGCAUACCUGGCACUUCUCGGGACCGGCAGCCAAAGGCACCUCCGACAUGCAAUGAGCCCUCAGACACCCAGAACAGUGAUGCCCUGUCCACAUCCAGUGACCUGCUCAACCUCCUACUGAAUGAAGACCUCUGCUCAGCCACAGGCUCAGCACUGUCUGGGAGCGGGGCCUCUGCCACCUCAGACUCUCUGGGCUCCAGCUCUCUGGGUUGUGAUGUGUCCCGAAGUGGGGCAGGCAGUAGUGACACAAGUCAUACCAGCAAAUAUUUUGGAAGCAUUGACUCUUCAGAGAAUAAUCACAAAGAAAAAGUGCGCACGGCCAUGGAGGAAAGUGAGCACUUCAUUAAGUACGUCCUGCAGGACCCCAUCUGGCUGCUGAUGGCAGAUGCUGAUGACAGUGUCAUGAUGACAUACCAGCUGCCCUCCCGGGACCUCGAGUCUGUCUUAAAGGAGGACCGAGAGAAGCUGAAGCUGCUGCAGAAGUCCCAGCCCCAGUUCACAGAGGACCAGAGGCGAGAGCUGCUUGAGGUCCACCCCUGGAUCCAGACAGGCAGCCUGCCUGCAGCCAUCGAUGUGAGGGAAUGUUUUUACUGUGAAAGCGAGGAAAAAGUCAACACUUGUGUACCUUACGAGGAAGACGUCCCUUCCCUGGGACUCAGUGAUGCAUCAGACACCAAAGAAGAAGAAAGCAGACAUCCCCUGAGUCCCAGGAAGGAAGAACAGACAUAGCUCCCAGCCCGACAGCCAGUGACCUGCAUUAGAUGGUGCUUGGAAGAGAGGAAGAUCUUCACAUUUGUUUCUAAUGAAAUGAACAGAUAUACUUAUGUUGCUUUUUUUGUUUUAGAAAAAGACCGUAGUUUUCUGGUGACUUAAAACUGUGGAGGAGGGGGAAGGUUUAGGAAGAAAUACGUUUUUGUAUUUAAACAUAAAUAUGGAGUUGGGGGGAUGGGGUAAGAUUUUGGUGGCUGUUGAACUUGAGGAAGACUGAGACCCGCUGUCAGGGAAAUUGCCACAGUUCCCUGAGAGGUCCCUUGACCUUGAGGAGACCUCUGUGCAGGGCACCAGUGUCCACUGGCCCCUGUGAUUGUCCUAGACUUCACACCAGGCUGUGAUGUGUGACAAACAGCCAGAAAGCCAUGUGGGGCUGUGAGCUGGGGCUCCAGCCCUAGAGCUUUCCCAGGGUGUUUUGGAUCAGAUCAAAUUCUCUCCUGUCCUGGAGACUGCUUUGUAUCUAGAUUAUCACUUCGUCCAGCCAGGUGUGUGUCACAUGCCAAUCGGAGAGCAGUCCCUCUCCUAGUUUCCUUUCAGAGCCUCUCUCACUAAGUGGCAUGGAGCAUAGUUUGACUGCUUUGGCUUGGGGCACUGGAACCAUAACAUUUCUGUCUGACAUGGCUUUUGUUAUUAAACAGAGUUGAAGUGUUUGUUCAGGACGAACAGCGCCUAGGAGCCUACUGUUUCUGUGACCAGUGACAUUCGGUUAAUGCCAACCCCACGCUUUGUGUAUUUCUACAUGGUUCUUGUAUCCUUUUUAGACCAGCAUGACCGGUUGUAGAGAGAAGCCUCAUCAGUCCUCUCGUCCUAUCUUUUUGGUGGCUUCUCUCUGUGCACCAAGCUUUGACUGCCCCUUUUGGGACCUGUUCCUGGUAUUUCUUCUUUGGUUGGAGCCUCCCAGACAUCAGCUCCCUGCAGAGUGCAGCUGUGGCCACACUUCUGAUUCCAUCAGUAUUUUCAAGGGUGUGGGAGCUCAGCCCACCCAGUGCUCUGGGCUGGCUGCCCUGCCCACCAUAUUUCAUGAGCCCCACGGCACCUGGUGAGGCUCCAGGUCUCUGUUGUGACAUCUGCCCGUAUUGCUGAACACUAGGGGAGAAUGAAGCCACUCUGCUCCCCUUUACAAAGCCUCCUGGCAGUACUACACAUCCCAAAGACUGUUAGGAAAAGCUUAGUAUUGGCCCUGGUGUGAAUGAGAAGUCACCACUGAUAAAUCAGUAGACAUAAAACUGGAUCAAAUCUGUGGGGCUGAAAAGGAAGCCAGGUUUUCCUUGUUCUUCCACAGAGAAGCAGCUACGGGAAAGGUGGCGUCUCCUUGCAUUGCAGUUGGGCUGCCUAGUAAAACCAUUUAUGCCUAAAUAUUAAUCCUACUUUUCAUAAACACAACAACUCUUUUUAAACAAAUUUAUGAAGUAACAUCACUUUCUGAUACCCAAGAUAAGGUAGUAGCCUGUUUUUAUAGAAAUCAGGUAUUAUAGACCACUGCCUCUCUCGACAGAUCCUACGGGAAUAUAUGAGGGUCUAUGGCUACACUGACUUAAUGUCCCUAAACACAAAACUGCCAGAACAUUCUCUCUACUGUUAUGAAUGUUUACCAUCAGCACUGUUCUGUUAUUUAACGUAUGCUCAUUGGUUGUUAACUGCUAAGAAGUUGACUCACUAGGAUAAUUUUGUGAAUCUGUUUACAUGAUGCAAGCAUCCAGUCCUGUUUUCUUUAGAAUGUGCGCUUACACGGGUGUCACAAAACUUGUUCUCUAUUUUAAACUGAGCCUUCUUUUUAAUAUAUUCCUGAGGAGAUAUGUAAAUAAGCUCUCCAAGUUUGUGUGAUGAUUUGUUGAGCCUUGCCGGACAAAUGGUUUGUUUGUGUGCAAACCAAACUUCCUCACCCAGUGCAAUAUAUUUGUGUGACUGCUUGUGUCUUUUUAUGACUUUUUUGCCUUUUAGAAAAUUGGUAAAUAA